ACGUUUUAAUUGUGUUGUAUAAUAAUCUAUGUAUAAAGGCAUAAUUUGCAGACAUGUUAUGUUUAUGUAUAGACUUAGUGUCACUUAGGGAUUGUUUGUAUCUACCACUUAUAAAUAAACGUAUCUAGACUUGCAAGGAUUGAAAUAAACAAUUUUAUCGAGGGAUAUAUGACUUAUAAAAUGUUAAGCUCCUCAAAGAUACACAGUUAUGUAUGAAGCAAAGACUUUGAGCUAUCUGAUCGGUAGUCAAGCACCAUUGCCUUCCACCACAUCAGUAGGAAGUGAGGUCCACGAUGUGACCGGUUCACCCUCGCCCAAUUUCUCAAUGACAUCCUCUGAUGUAGCCGACGCCCUCAACGAUGUCUACUUCUGGGUCAUACUGGCCUUCGGGUUCCCAGGAAACCUCUUGGCCUUCGGAACCAUCCUGACGAUGAAGCCGAGGCUGCGGUUCACUGUCUACGUCGCCGCCUUGGCCCUUGUUGACAACGUGUGCUUGGCCAUCAAAGUGGUCUAUUUCAACCUGAAUAGUUACCAGGUCGACAUCGGGGACGUCGGGUGUCAACUCAUGCAGUACUUCGGGACUUUUACUGGCCAGUGGGCUAACUGGCUACUAGUCAUGAUGACCACUGAGAGAUUGGUGGACUUCACUAUGCCUUUACUUAGCAGACGGAUAAAUAAAAGGCAUUACCUGAUAAUCAACGCCAUUAUUAUCGCCCUUCUCUUAGGAGUCAAUGGAACCAGUUUUAAAAUAUAUUACUUCGACAGAGAAACUCGAAAAUGUUCUGAUAGUUACACAAGGGAGAGUACAAUGUAUGACUUUGUUUACAUAAAUGCUAUCGUUGAAAUGGUCGUCUAUUCUCUGCUUCCGGUUCUUUGCCUUUCCAUAAUGAGCUGCCUCAUAAUCAGACGACUUUACACUUCUGUAAACAAUAUAGAAAGACGGUUCAGUAUUCAAAUGCCGGCUCUAAUCAAGCGAAAAAGAUACAAUCAAAAUAUUACAGUCACGACAAUUGUGGCGUGUGUCAUAUUCAGCCUCCUAGUCACCCCCCGGCCUCUUUACUACUUUGUGGAAAUGAAAUGGGAUGAGGUCAAACAGAAGUCUUAUUCAAGGUUGUUGGAGCAAAUCUUCUUCGCCAUGUCUGACUCAUGCCACGCUGUCAACUUCUACAUCUACUUUCUGAGCAACAGGCUGUUCCGUAGAAGACUUUUAGAGCUGGCAAAGAAAGCUUUCAUGUACAUCAGCGACUUCCUACAGGUCAAGUGUCAUGGCUUGACCAGACAAAACACACUGGGCAGUGUGAUGGAAGUGUGGACGAUUGAACAAGGAACAUAUACGAGAAGAAAUUCACAACAACAAGAAACAUAUACGAGAAGAAAUUCACAACAACAAGGAACAUAUACGAGAAGAAAUUCACAACAACAAGGAACAUAUACGAGAAGAAAUUCACAACAACAAGGAACAUAUACGAGAAGAAAUUCACAACAACAAGGAACAUAUACGAGAAGAAAUUCACAACUUUAAGUAAAUAGAGUCCAUGGCCAGUGUUGUUUUUUUUGUAGGCCCUUAACCUGUUUUGAGGAUUUUAAGCAAAGUGAUCUCAAUUAAUGCUAUAGUAAUGAUACAUGGACUCAUUAUUUAUGGACUGUAGUAUUCCAUAUUUUGGUCAUACUUUGCUUAUUUAAAAGCUGGUGGAGGCCCCCCUUUAAGGGAUGAGGCCUGGGCUAAUGCACAGUCGUAUAUCCGGCCCUUAUUUGAUCAAGUUCUAUGUUUUCCGUGUAAGAUAAGGGGAUUUAUGUGUAUUAGCCAUGUAAAUCUUGUGUGAUGGAGCAUUGGUAGGAAUUAACAUCGUGAGUGAAGAUAUAAAGGUAGAAAUUAAAGAUUUUGAACAAAGUCUAUAGGUAGUACGAGGCGCCUGGCUGUUCGGUAAGGCGCUUGUCUUCCGUUCCGGGGUCCCUGGUUCGAAUCCAGGUGAAGACUGGGAUUUUUAAUUUCGGGAUCUUCGGUUGCCUCUAUGCCUCUGAGUCCACCCAACUCUCAUUGGUACCUGACAUUAGUUGGGGAAAAGUAAAGGCGGUUGUUCGUUGUGCUGGCAACAUGGCAUCCUCGUAAACCGCAGUCCACAGAAACAGAUGACAUUUACAUCAUCUGCCCUUUAGACCACAAGGCCUGAAAGGGGAACUUUACUUUACUUUACUGCACGAAGUGAAUUAUUGUAAAAGUAAAUUAAAGUUUCUUUUUGAGACCAUACGCUCUAAAAGGCUUAUGGUGUCAUGUGUUUAUUUGGCCAACGGUUAACGAGCAUGGCACUAUGUGGCCAGCACAAAGAUCGCCUGUUCUUCCCUAACUAAAUUCAUGUACACAAUAGAGUUACAAUAGUGUACACAAUACAAUAGACUGAGGGACAGCCUAAAAAUACCGAGACACAAAAUUCCCGUCCUCCUAAGAAUUUCGACUUUCGGAAAUGCUUUCUUGAAAGUAGUAGCUUUAAAGUAGUAGCUUUAAAGUAGUAGCUUGAAAGUAGUAGCUUUAAAAUAGUAGCUUGAAAGUAGUAGCUUUAAAGUAGUAGCUUGAAAGUAGUAGCUUUAAAGUAGUAGCUUUAAUGUAGUAACUUUAAAGUAGCAGCUUGAAAGUAGUAGCUUUAAAGUAGUAGCUUUAAUAUAGUAGCUUUAAAGUAGUAGCUUGAAAGUAGUAGCUUUAAAGUAGUAGCUUUAAAGUAGUAGCUCUAACAGCCUGUCAGAUAUUCGUCUAUAUGUUAAAAAAAAUAUUUAAGUCAUCGUUCAAGCUUCAUUUUCAAGAGGAUUAAAGUUAAAAUGUUCUUUUUUACCUUGUUUUUAUAUUAAUUGCUAGCGAUUCAGGGUUUUAGAACCCAAGUCUUGUUUUUUUAGCAAUGUUUAUUUAAAGACAACCAAAACUAAUUUUUAGGCGAGAUGCUUUUAAAUCUGAUAAGAAAGCGGUAAACUUCCAGCGUCUAGACAUCUCAAUAAGUGAUUGGCUUAACCAAAAUACCUUCCAGUAGUCAAAAAAUGUAUGUUUAUUCCACCGAUCACAACGACCUCUUAUAACCAGGGCAGAUUUCUUGGUUAGG